AUGACAUAUGAAAGGGGGAAUUGUGACGCAAUAGAAUUAAUGAACCUCACAAUUCUCUCCGCUCCCAGCAAAUAUAAACAAAUAACAGAAAAGAGAAAUGAGAAAGUUGUGGAACCAAAAUCCACACCAACAGAAGAUGAGGUUUCUAAUAAGACUCUUGAGAAGGGGGAAACACUUGAUAAACUUAUUGAUAAAGAUUCACCUUUUCAGAGAACAAAAAACCAAAUCCUCAAUGAACCAAACCCUCAUUUACUAGAUUACAUCAAAGCACUAUAUUCUUUAAAUAAGAAGAAGCAAAAAAGAGAAAUGGAAGUAGGGCAGUUUAAAAAGUUCAUGGAGAUGCUCACAGCUUUACAAGUCAAUGUUCCAUUUUGUGAUGCCUUGGAGCAAAUGUCGAUGUAUGCUAAAUUCAUGAAAGAGCUUUUGAAUGGUAAGCGCAAAUUGAAGGAUGAUGAAAAUGUAGCGCUAGCAGAGGAAUGCAGUACUAUGAUUCAAUGCAAACUACCACCUAAAUUAAUAGAUCCAGCUUUGAAAGCGUUGCAGUCCUCUGUUGAGUGCCCUGCUGAUCCAACAUGA